CCGCCCGAGCCUGCUAGUACCACACCCCCGGGAGGGACUGAGGGGAGGCAGAAGCAUCCGAGGCAUUAAAGCAUCCGAGGGAGCCGGAGGGGAGGAGAAUGGAGUGACAGAGACACGCGGAGGGUGGGGGGUGGGGGGGAGCGUGUUGAGGGAGGGGGGAGGGGGGACACAGAGGGAGGAAGAAGCGGCGGCGGCGGCGGCGGCGGCGGCGGCUCCUCUUUGCAGAGGGGGAAACUCUUGGGCUGAGAGCAGGAAUAAUGCGGUAGGCAAGGCGGGCUGCUGGCUCCCCCGGCUCCAGCAGCAGCGGCGGCAGCCCGAGCAGCGGCAGCAGCAGCGGCAGCACCCCAGGCGCUGACAGCCCCGCCGGCCGGCUCCGUUGCUGACCGCCGACUGUCAAUGGAGCUGGAAAACAUCGUGGCCAACACGGUCUUGCUGAAAGCCAGGGAAGGGGGCGGAGGAAAGCGCAAAGGGAAAAGCAAGAAGUGGAAAGAAAUCCUGAAGUUCCCUCACAUUAGCCAGUGUGAAGACCUUCGAAGGACCAUAGACAGAGAUUACUGCAGUUUAUGUGACAAGCAGCCAAUCGGGAGGCUGCUUUUCCGGCAGUUUUGUGAAACCAGGCCUGGGCUGGAGUGUUACAUUCAGUUCCUGGACUCCGUGGCAGAAUAUGAAGUUACUCCAGAUGAAAAACUGGGAGAGAAAGGGAAGGAAAUUAUGACCAAGUACCUCACCCCAAAGUCCCCUGUUUUCAUAGCCCAAGUUGGCCAAGACCUGGUCUCCCAGACGGAGGAGAAGCUCCUGCAGAAGCCGUGCAAAGAACUCUUUUCUGCCUGUGCACAGUCUGUCCACGAGUACCUGAGGGGAGAACCAUUCCACGAAUAUCUGGACAGCAUGUAUUUUGACCGCUUUCUCCAGUGGAAGUGGUUGGAAAGGCAACCGGUGACCAAAAACACUUUCAGGCAGUAUCGAGUGCUAGGAAAAGGGGGCUUCGGGGAGGUCUGUGCCUGCCAGGUUCGGGCCACGGGUAAAAUGUAUGCCUGCAAGCGCUUGGAGAAGAAGAGGAUCAAAAAGAGGAAAGGGGAGUCCAUGGCCCUCAACGAGAAGCAGAUCCUUGAGAAGGUCAACAGUCAGUUUGUGGUCAACCUGGCCUAUGCCUAUGAGACCAAGGAUGCACUGUGCUUGGUCCUGACCAUCAUGAAUGGGGGCGACCUGAAGUUCCACAUCUACAACAUGGGCAACCCCGGCUUUGAGGAGGAGCGGGCCUUGUUUUAUGCGGCAGAGAUCCUCUGCGGCUUGGAAGACCUCCACCGUGAGAACACCGUCUACCGAGAUCUGAAACCUGAAAACAUCCUGUUAGAUGAUUAUGGCCACAUUAGGAUCUCAGACCUGGGCUUGGCUGUGAAGAUCCCCGAGGGAGACCUGAUCCGCGGCCGGGUGGGCACUGUUGGCUACAUGGCUCCAGAGGUCCUGAACAACCAGAGGUACGGCCUCAGCCCCGACUACUGGGGCCUGGGCUGCCUCAUCUAUGAGAUGAUUGAGGGCCAGUCGCCGUUCCGCGGCCGCAAGGAGAAGGUGAAGCGGGAGGAGGUGGACCGCCGGGUCCUGGAGACGGAGGAGGUGUACUCCCACAAGUUCUCCGAGGAGGCCAAGUCCAUCUGCAAGAUGCUGCUCACCAAAGAUGCAAAGCAGAGGCUGGGCUGCCAGGAGGAGGGGGCUGCAGAGGUCAAGAGACACCCCUUCUUCAGGAACAUGAACUUCAAGCGCUUAGAAGCCGGGAUGUUGGACCCUCCCUUCGUUCCAGACCCCCGCGCUGUGUACUGUAAGGACGUGCUGGACAUCGAGCAGUUCUCCACUGUGAAGGGCGUCAAUCUGGACCACACAGACGACGACUUCUACUCCAAGUUCUCCACGGGCUCUGUGUCCAUCCCAUGGCAAAACGAGAUGAUAGAAACAGAGUGCUUUAAGGAGCUGAAUGUGUUUGGACCUAAUGGUACCCUCUCGCCGGAUCUGAACAGAAACCACCCUCCGGAACCGCCCAAGAAAGGGCUGCUCCAGAGACUCUUCAAGCGGCAGCAUCAGAACAAUUCCAAGAGUUCGCCCAGCUCCAAGACUAGUUUCAACCACCACAUAAACUCAAACCAUGUCAGCUCGAACUCCACCGGAAGCAGCUAGUUUCGGCUCUGGCCUCCAAGUCCACAGUGGAACCAGCCCAGACCCUUCUUAGAAGCGGAAGUAGUGGAGCCCCUGCUCUGGUGGGGCUGCCAGGGGAGCCCCCCGGGAGCCGGGGAAGGAGGCCGUCCAUCCCGUCGACGUAGAACCUCGAGGUUUCUCAAAGAAAUUUCCACUCAGGUCUGUUUUCCGAGGCAGCCCCGGCCAGGGUGGAUUGGAUUUGUCUUUGGUGAACAUUGCAAUAGAAAUCCAGUUGGAUACGACAACUUGCACGUAUUUUAAUAGCGUCAUAACUAGAACUGAAUUUUGUCUUUAUGAUUUUUAAAGAAAAGUUUUGUAAAUUUCUCUACUGUCUCAGUUUACAUUUUGUAUAUUUGUAUUUAAAUGAAAGUGAGACUUUGAGGGUGUAUAUUUUCUGUGCAGCCACUGUUAAGCCAUGUGUUCCAAGGCAUUUUAGCGGGGAGGCGGUUAUCAAAAAAAAAAAAAAAAAUGUGACUCAAGACUUCCAGAGCCUCAAAUGAGAAAAUGUCUUUAUUAAAUGUAGAAAGUGAUCCACA